AUGGUCAAAAUCAUUAUCAUCGGCGCCGGCAUCUCCGGGCUAAGCACCUACCUCUUCCUGCGGAAGCACCUUCUUCACGACCGUCACACUGAGACUGAACACGAGAGAAGCUGUGGAACCGAAAUCGAGAUCAAAAUCUACGAAGCCUACGACAUCCACGCCUCCAACUUCAACGACACUCUACUCGCCACUUCUGCCCAUGGUGCGAAGGGCGACCAAGCCCCAGCCCUCCCCACAGACGAGACUCAGCCGAUCUUCACGCCCCAGGCGAUCGGUUCCGCAAUCGGGAUAUCAAAGAAUGGACUGGGCGUAUUGUCUCGUCUUGAUGACCAGGACGAUGCCGAGAUCCCAACCGGAACUUCACACAAGCUGAAGUCAAAGCGAGGCCCAUCUAUCAUGCACCAACUAGCCACGCACGGCCAUCCCAUUGACUGCUGGCAGAUCAGCACGGCGCGGGGCUUUACCAUUGUGGAUGUUGAGCUUAGACCCGCGCACAAGAGGAAACCUCAUGCCUCAACGAACGCAGAUGCCCAGAUGACGAGAGCGGGAGGUGCCACCAAGGAGACAGAUCUCUACCACGGGAUCAUGAUCGCGCGGCAAUCGUGCUGGGAAAUCCUGCGUGAUCGCGUCCUUGAUGUUGCCCCAGAUGUCAUAUACAGGAAAAGGGUCACGGAUGUGAAGAUCGGCGACGAGACAAGCCCCAACGUCAUCAUCUUUGAGGACGGAAGUCGCGAACUCGCCGACCUGGUAAUCGGUGCGGAUGGUCUGAGGAGUGUUUUGCGAAGGGCCAUGUUUCAGGGGCAACAGGAGGAUCAAGCUUCACGGCCUCGGCGUAGCGGUGAUGGUGGUGACGAUAGUCGCGGUGCGCAGAAAAGAAGCUGGGCACAACUGCUGAAAACGUACUUCCCGUUCUUCCGCCCUGUAGCGCCCACCGUCGCGAAACAAGACUUUAUCUCCCCCCACUACGAAGGGCUAGUCGGCGUCGGCGGGUUCAUCCCCUCCUCGGUGCUCGAAUCGGCAGGCCACAAGCCAGGCACAAUGGCCAUCGUCUUUGGACCGAACGGCUUCUUCGGAUACGGGUACUUGAGUUCUGCUGCGGCAGCCGUGGGGGAAGAGGAGGAGGAAGAGCCAUCACCGCCAUCCGCGCCGAGGGACCCUGAAUCGGGAACAGAAUCAGAACCAGGAGAUACAACGUCGAAUGUGGACGCACACGCAGACCCAACACCUGGGCCCCUCGCAGUCUGGUGGUCCACCUUCUCCAGCCCCACGCCAUAUCCUUAUUCCAAGUCUGACUUUGAUUCUUACACCAAUGCACACGGCACAGAGAACAAACCCCCAACACGACCGCAACCCCAAGCACAGCCACGAAUACACACACAAGCAAAAACACAAGGACAGACACAAACACAAACACAUACCUUCGACAGACACCUCGCCCUCGCGGCCCUCCUCCACCGCCACUCGACGUGGAAGAACGCCGCCGUGACCGCCAUCUUAAAAUAUGUCGGCACGCACGCUGUUCCCUCCCGCGAGCACGAGCACGAGCACGAGCAGAGCGCAGACACCAACACGCGAGCCCUCGACGCGUGCUACCCCACAUGGACGACCCCCGAACUCCCGACCUGGACGAAAGGCGGUCGGGCCGUGCUCGUCGGCGACGCCGCGCACGCCUUACAGCCCAGCAGCGGACAGGGGGCGUGCCAGGCUCUCGAGGACGCCGAGGCUCUGGCGCUAUUUCUGGGACGGUGUCGAGUGGGUGCGCCCACCACUGCUCCUGCUGCCAACACCGUCCUCGAAGCUAGCGGUGACGGAGCAGGAUUACACGCCCGACUAACCCGUGCUCUCGCAGCAUACCACGCCCUCCGUGCCACACGCGUGCAUCAGAUCCACCAGCGCUCCCAACGGAUGGCGGGUGCCAAAUCCGAUAUGAGCAUUCUGAUGGAGUACGUCGUGUAUUUCUCCAUCUGGAUGAUGACGUGGCGGUGGCUGGGUUGGUGUCUCACUCGAUUGGGGGUUAGUGAUUGGGAGAGGUAUAAUGAGGAGUUGUUUGGGUAUGAUCUGCCCGCUGAGGUGGAGGAGUUUCUUGCGAGGGAGGGCACAGGAUGUAAUAAAUAG